AUGGACGCGAACGCGCGUUCGAACAUUUUAGGCAAUGCGGGGGUGUUGGCAUCGAGCCAAGGGAACGCGUUCCGCGCGGGAACGACGACGACCGCGCCGGCGAAGAGCGUCGAGUUCGCGAUGCCCGCGGCCAGAGGCGCGGGGGUCACAACGAACGCGAGCGAUGCCGGAAAGGAGAACACCGGCGCCGCGCGCGGCGCGGCGGCGAACGCGAGCACGAGCGGGGAGGAAGCUCCCGCGGAGAAACGUUGGCAGCUGAGCGACUUCGACAUCGGCAAACCGCUCGGUCGGGGCAAGUUUGGGAACGUCUACCUCGCGCGCGAGAAGCGAAGCAAGUACAUCGUCGCGCUGAAGGUGCUCUUCAAGAACCAGCUCCAACAGUCGCACGUGGAGCAUCAGCUUCGCAGAGAGAUCGAGAUUCAGUCGCACUUGCGGCAUCCGAAUAUCCUGAGGCUGUACGGGUACUUUUACGACCAGAACCGCGUGUACCUGAUCCUCGAGUACGCCGCGCGAGGUGAGCUGUACAAAGAACUCCAAAAAACGAAGCGAUUCAGCGAGAAGAAGAGCGCGACGUACAUAGCAUCGCUCGCGCGCGCGUUGAUGUACUGCCAUCACAAGCACGUCAUCCACCGCGACAUCAAGCCAGAGAACCUCCUCAUCGGGAUCAAAGGCGAGCUCAAGAUCGCGGACUUUGGCUGGAGCGUGCACGCGCCGAACUCGCGACGACAGACGCUGUGCGGGACGCUGGAUUACCUCCCCCCGGAGAUGGUCGAGGGAAGAGACCACGACAGCGCCGUGGACGUGUGGUCCCUCGGCGUUCUCGCGUACGAGUUUCUCUGCGGCGUCCCUCCGUUCGAAGCCGAGGGGCACUCGGAGACGUACAAACGGAUCCUCCGCGUGGACCUUCACUUCCCAUCGCACGUCAGCGCGAACGCGCGGGACAUGAUUAGCGCGCUCCUGACGAAGGACCCGAAGACGCGCUUGCAGCUGAGCAAGCUGUUGGAGCACCCGUGGAUCACGGAAAACGCGUCGCCGAACGGCAUCCCGGCGGCGGAGUGA